AUGAAAGGAACCACGUCGAGAAGCGGAAGCAUUAACUUGUACAAUAACAUAACCGAUAGCCUGUCCAAAUUAAAAACGAUAAUAAAAUAUAACCAGGAAAACGAUGUGGAUAAGGGAGGGGGUAAAGCGCAACAGGGGAAAGCACCUGAAGGAGGGCACUGUAAACUAGCUAAAGAAGGCCCUAAUGAAGCAGCUAAGUACCCUUUCUUGGGAGGGACGAAGACUGCCGAUGGGAAUCCAACCCACAGGCAAAGGGAUGAGAGGAAAGCGCACAGGAAAAACAACACAGAGAGGGAACUGUUGAGGAGUAUAGCCAAGGCAAAUUCGUUAAAAAAAAUAGAAAAAAAUAUAAGUCUUUUGUUAAGGUCGGAUGACGAAGAGGGGGAGGUGGAUGUGGAGGAAGAAAAAGAGGACCAGCAUUUGAAGAAGCCGCAGCAGCACCUGAAUGACAUGAACCAUUUGAAGAAGCCGCAGGAGCACCUGAAUGGCAUGAACCAUUUGAAGCAGCCGCAGCAGAAUUAUUACGGAAGUGAUGAAUGCGUGGCAGUGGGACGUGGCACUGUGUUAGCACCGCGGCGUGAUUACCACCCAAGGGAAGACGGUUUGCCAAACCGACCCUACCUCUUUAUUGCGCAAACCGAUGGGUCAAUCAGAAAUAACAUUUGCGACGAAGCAGUCCAAAUGGACAGAGACGAUAAUUAUAGGAUCAAUGCUAAUUAUAAAAUGGGAGGAAAAUUGGACAGUCUCGAGAAAAUUCCUAAGUUUAGCAGAACAGGGAGCAAGGACGAAAUAGGUUAUAGCAACCACCUGGUGCGGAGUGGGUACGCCAACAUGGUCGAUACAGAUAUGGCGCACAGCACGGAUGGUCCUGCGGGGAAGAACCAACUGGAUUUGUCCCUCAUGCCAACGGAGGACCUUAAGAAGGAGUUUAGCUUUUACUCCCUGAGCGAAAAGAACAGCGUUCACAACUUUUCCCUCCACAAUAAUGACAUGCUGGAUCUGAGCCAAACGUCGAAUUUGUCGAAUUUUUCCCAUUUUUCGAAUUUUUCGCAUCUUUCGAACGGAUUGAGGGGAUCCAGGAGGAACAACUUCAUCAAGGGGUUCAAGCCGAAAGAGGCAACACUCAGCGAUGGCAAUACGUCAGUCAGCUCGUUCACUUUCAACGGGAAUGCCAGCAACUUCAUCGGCAGGGACCUGGCAGGGGAAGACGAAACUGACCGGCGUGACGAUCAUGGUGAGAAUGCCCAUCAUGGCGGACACGGAAUCAAUACACCUAUUGACCUGAACAGUGAUUACAGUUGGAAGAUCCAUGGCAGAGUUCUCUCCGCCGCAUCGAACAGCAUGGAGAAUAAAGGGUUUCCCAAGAAAAACAAAUCAGACAUAUAUAUAGCGAUGGAUAAUACUAGCAGUAAUAGCGGAACGUACUAUGAGAACAGCCUCAAAAGUAACAGAAGCAAUUUAGGCACUAGUCGUCAGAACACUUUAGAUGAGAGUCAUAGGACUUACUUAGCUAGUGGAGAUUACUUUGAUCCAAAUUUAAGUCAUACGAAGUUAGACAAAAAUGCCUUGCCUGGUCAUACAAAUUUUUACACCAAUCAUACUGAACUGAAUGAAUCGAUGCAUAAUUUACAUUUUAACAAAACACACCGGAAUGGUAAUUCUUCCAGUUGGGUAAAAAGUGGUGAAGGGGCUUCCUUAAAAAGCACUGGCACAUUUGGCAGCAAGAAAUACCUCAAUCUGAACAACAGCAAUAAUGUAGAUCUGGCCCAUUCACAGAUGAGCGUAAGAGCGAAGGGAAUCACAACUAACCACGUGAGAGAUGAACGAGCGACAGGAAAGAGAAAGGAGAACGUACACCUUGGAUCAAACAUGGAUUUCGACAAUAACAUUUUUAAGAAUUUCAACAAGGAAAAGAAAUUAGAAGAAGAAGAAGGAAAAAAAUAUGGACGCGAUGUGGAAGGAGUACUGUCCGAGGAAGUGAUGAGCGAAGUACUCACACACGCUGUUUCAUGUGGUAAAGCUGCAGUGAAAGACGAAGCGGAUGAUACUCUCCCCAUUAGUGAAGACAAUGUGGAUAGGAAAAAUAUUAACGAAAUUUACAAAAAAAUCAACUCCAUUUCGAUGCUCAAUGAUCUUAGUCUGAACAAGUUGGAGAGUCUCAACAGCAGCAUUAUAGACAUGUAUACAAAAAAUAAUGAGGAGGAUGGCAAAUUUCUCGAUGAUAUAAUUUUGGAUGAUAGUAUAUUUAUUAAGUCUAGCAGUCUCUACCGAGAGGAAGGCAGUCCGCAUGACGCCACCAGUCAAGGGGACCUCCUCCCCUCCGAUGAAUACAGAAACCAUUACACAAACGAUUACACAAACGAUUACACAAACAAUUACAGAAACGAUUUCAGAAACGAUUACAGAAACAGGUUUUCCUUUUCGUCUGACCCGGAUGCGGCGGAUAGCCUUUUUAAAAUCUCCCUCAGUUGCAACGAGGUGGUUCUCCCCAUCGGUCAAGCCUCUCGUCUAAGCGGUGAAACUGGAUCCACCUAUAACAAUCGCGCAGGCGGGGAGGAGGCGAAAGAGGAACAGCAAAAACCUACAGAAGCUGGACAUACAGCAAGUAGGGAGUGCGAACUGGAAGCAACUCACUGUGAGUUUAAGAAACGUGCGGAAGGGAGAGGGACGUCCACAUUUAGAAAGACCACAGAAGCGGAAUCCCAACGAAGGAGAAACUCAAUCAAUCAGCUGAAAGACAAGUAUAGCAAAAGGAAGGAUGACACGAUGGAAAACGAAAUGAAGUUAUCCGAGUUGCCUUCCCAGUUAGAUAAAAAUAUGCUGCUGAAAAAUACCUUAACCUUGCAGCGGAUUUAUAACAAUAUGGAGUGGCGGAAAUCCAAGACCACCGCCUUAGACCAAUUCACAACCCCUUCCUCCAGUGACCUCCUACCAAAUGAGACGGAUCUCAUGGCGAAAAAUAGUAUCUCUCGAUUGUGUGCCAACAAGACGGACACGAUAAAUCGGUUUUCAAAGCACGACAUGUAUGUGCAUGACGAUAAAUUAUCUACAAAAGAGUUGAAUAAUAUGCCGAACUUAUUUCUAAGCAAGAGCGUGUUUGCGAAAUGCCCCGACUUGGUCAGUAACCCCUCCGGUAUGAACGACACAUUGGGAAACGCAUAUGAGGAUGCUCCAGAUGAUCGGCAUGCACUUCCAUCACGAGAGCAUCACAUAAGAAGUGAACCCAACAGUUUUUCAAUUAGUAAUUAUUCUUCCCUCACAGGGAAGGCAGAAAAGGGGGAUGAGGUCAAGCAAGGCAAUUCCUUCUCAUCAUACGCAAAAACGGAUGAGAAGGGCAGCAAUGGAGAUCCCCCCCACUGUUUCCGCGGCGGCAUCAGCGGGGGGAUGAGGCGCAAGAGAAGCAUAAGUGACUGCGAGGGGGAAAGCGCAAACGUGUAUAAUGAUAGCAGUGUGGACAGAAUCCACAGUGACAAUAUAAAUGGGCUGGGAAACAGUUACGCAUAUGAUCCAAAGGAGGGGAAAUGGCCUAACGGGGGUGCCGAUACUGGGGCUGACUCCACCGGUCGUGAGUCUUCCGUUGGUCCACAUAACAUGUUCAUACGUGGAAGCAGAAGUAGCAUGCGGAGCAGCGGAAAAAUGGAAUGGAGUAGACUGUGUGAGGCGAAAGGGAGCACGGAAAAUGGGAACAGAGAAAAUGGGAGCAGGACAAAUGGCAGCAAGACAAAUGGGAUCAAAACAAAUGGGGGGAAGGGCUCCAGUGAAGAGUCGAACAGCGUGACGAAUGACUUGGUCAUAUCGAAAAGGGUAAGCCAUUGCGCAGUUAACCACGUUAGUGGUGCAUACCCAGAUGAAGAAAUAGCCACCGGCGAAGAGGAAGAAGUUGCCCGUUUUAUGGCCAACACAAGUGAAGACACCAAUCCUAUGCGUAACGUCUCCUAUGACGGAGGUGUCAAAAUUGGAAAGCUGGGGGAAAGUGGAAGUGGCAACCCGGGACAAAGUCGAAAUGGCGAUCCGGGACAAGGUCAAAAUGGCAACCCGGCAGAAAGUCAAAAUGACACCACAUCACCUUUUUUAAGACAACUGAGCAGGAGGACCGACUCCCAAAGAUCUCCAUCUCUGGUGAGAUCCAUUGGGAAAGAGGUACGAGCGAAUGGAGGUAAAUUCCGUCCACUCGAUAAGAAGAGCACUCUGGAGGAGGGAAAAAUACUCCCAAUGGUCAACAGAAAAAAUGUAGAGGGAAUAAACUACGGAUCGCAGCGCUCCAAGGAGGACCAAAUUAUACACAGCGGAAUGACCAGCAUGCCAGACAUUCUCCACUUUGGCGAGAACAAUAACGCAUCCGUUUUUUUUUUUGACAAUAUACAUAACUCAUCGGAAUAUGACUCCAUUCCGAAGCCAUUGCACAGUUCGUACUUUGAAAGUAAGCGUAAGGUUUCUCGGGGAGAGCAGGAAGCAAUUGGAGAGGGGCAACCAAUUCAAUCGAAUGAAAACCCAUUUGAGAGGAUCACCAAGGGAAAUGUUUCCCGGACGUCCCCUCUAUCGGAAGGGAACCACCCCCUUAUCACUCGCUCCAGCAUGAAUGGAAGCGCACGCUACCCAAGUGGGGAAAACGAAAGACAUUUUGAAGAGGACAUAAUGCGCGAGGACGCAGCAAACAGAAAGGUGAGCGAUGAAGGGGUACCUAACAGACAAGGGUAUUUAACAAACCAGACUCCAUCAUGGAAGUCAUUGCAAAGAAGUAAUAGCAGUGCGUUGUUUAGCGGGCCUAGUGGAAACAUCACACCAUCAGGUGGUUUCCCCCAUGAGCCGACCCUUAAGGAAGACAUUCUUGACGAUCGAAGGAGCAGCGUUGGUGCAGUUUUCGUAAAAGAAGACGUGCAGGAGAUGGGGCCAUUGAUCGCAAUAUCACCUCUGCGUAGUGAAGGAACAAACCAACGGAACAUCCAGCAAGUGCAGUCCCAGAAGGGUAUGCAAGGGAGUGAGAAAGGGACAGAGGAAGGGAGAGAGAAAGAUAAAGCCCAAAACGAAGCUGAAAAUGACGUACUAGAAACAUGCAGCACCAGUUACUCCUUCGAAAAGAGCGAAAAAAGCCAAAGGAGUGCAACGGAUCAGCAGAGAGGACAACCAGGGAAACCCUACCAGUAUGUACCCCAGAGCGAUUACAAAAUAUGUGAGCAUGCGGAGGGAGGCAGUACAAAAAUGGCAACAGGGUAUGACUCGCCAAAUGUAGGAGGUGCAAAUGAAGAGAAGAGCAACACGAGGAAGGUGGCAAUUCCCCCCAGUGAAGAAAAAACAAAAGUGCAACCUAACUUCUACGAUGAAGGAGAUAACUCCUCCUUCGCACACGGGGAGGAAAGAAGUAAUAGGAGCGUAUCACCCUGCAAUGGGCAAAGAGGGAACACAUUUGCUGGUGAAGAAAAAAGUGCUAACGAUUACAGAGGAAAGAAAAAAGGCAACACAAAUGGAUUCCCCCCCCGAAGUAUGCCCGAUGAUAUGCAUGACAAUAAGGAGAUGUACCACUUGCAUCAGCGGAAUGAUAGCAACCAUGACGAUCUUUUACGCCCCCCCCAUUUUCAUAACAAACCGAGUGUGAAUUGUCAAAUGGACCAGGGCCCAGGGGAGAAGGAGCCCGACCACAUGGAAAGACAGAAUUACGAAGAAGGCUCUAUAAGGAAUACACACUACAGUAAAAAUUCAAAUGGCCCUUAUGGAGACCCCUACAGAUGCAGGAGUGGCCAAGCGGCUUAUGUGAGAGAAGGUGAACAAAGCUAUGAGCAUUCUGGUGAUGAAUACGAAACGUCUUUAUCCAAAUGCAGACGGGAAAGCUACACAUCACACGGAGGUAACAUCGGUGAUUACCCCCACGGAAAACAUUUCAGUAAAUGCAAACGGGAAGACGAGUUUUAUUCUAAUCACUACAUUGAUGAAGGGAGAAGAAGUAACGGACACCAUUCCAGGAGCGAUGCAUUAAGUGAAGAUGCAUAUCUCGAUGCAGUUAAGGUGGAGAGGGAGGAACAGAACAGGAGCGAGGCGCGCAGCGGGAGAGGUAUGCAUCACAGAGGGGACAAGGAGCAGCAGAGCGGCGGUUUUCAAUCAGAGAAGAACCCGCUAGGCCACAAAAAUUCGUAUGAUAGGAUCGACCCGCCAGGAGACAAAGGUGCGUAUGAUAGAAUCGACCCGCUAGACCGCAAAAAUUCAUAUGAAAGGACCGACUCGUUAAACACAAUUCAACCGUGCCAAAUGAAGCACCCGGGGGUGGGGGAAACGAAGAUGAACGGGCAUAUCUGUGGAAGCGGAAAAGGUACUCAUCCAAGUGGCAUACACACAGCGGGACAUGGCAGAAGAAACACAGAAGACAUCGUCGUGAGAAGGACUAACGAGAUAAUAAUGGCACCAGACCGUUUGCACGACCGAAUUGAUUCUGCCAAUCUUGGAGGGAAGAAAGAAAGGAACACACAUGACCACGCGGGUGAUGAUUUCCCUCAAGAAAGGCCAGCACAGGAUUACCCAUAUGCUAGAUGUCAAAGCAGAGACGCAAAUUAUCCGCACGAGGAAGCCAGAAAAAGGGACAACUCUCAUGGAAAGCAUAUUGUAGAAAUGACUUCAACGAACUCGUACCAGUUAAAAAAGAAUGACCAAUUUGAAGAAGGCAUGAUCCAACACAAGUACAGCAAAAAGGGCACGCAGCAUUAUGAGGAUGGGACUAAUCAGCCGAUUUAUCCCUUCACCGAAUUGCUCCCAAAUGAUAAAAUCCAUUCUGGUCAUCUGGGUAGUCUCGCCAGGGAAGAGGAAUUCGUCAAUCGCCGCAUGGAAGAGAAUGUCCGUGAGAAGUAUAGCUCUUUGGGGAGAUGCGAAGGGUACGAGAAUUGGCCCCAAAGAGAGGAGGUAACUGAGGAGCGAGGCAGCGAGAGGUAUGGCCCCAGCUGUAGUCGCGGCGCCGACUAUCGUUAUGGGGGACUCUGCGGAGAGCACCCCGGGGAGAAGUACCACGGGGAGAGGCACUACGAAGGGAAGCACUACGUGGAGAAGUACCACGGGGAGAAGCACUACAGCAGCUACUCCCCUCUGUAUGAAAACUUGCACGAACACAGUGCCAUGGUUGCCCCCCCUAACAAAAUAGAAAAAUCGAAAACGAGCGUAAAUGUUACAGACCAUAAUUAUCUUUCCAGUGGCGCCCCAUAUGGAGCAGAUUUUCACGCACCAGUUAUGCCAAACGGGGCUUACGUAAAGGCACACACGUCUUACGUGGCCUACGGUGCGGGAGCCAAGUGGAAGGGAAACAGUACGCAGCCGGUGGGAUGUCCACGCAUGGAGGAAAAGAAAGAGGCCAUCUAUAACUAUAAGGAGGAACAUUUAAAAUAUGAUAUCAAGCGAGAUAUGUAUGAGGGAAAGCACACGGGGAGUACUCACCAGUAUGGACCGUACCCACAGAUGGAUGGAAGAAACAACACUGCACUUGCGUGCGACUACUAUUUUGAUGAAGGUGCGCGAAACCAAGUUGUACGGAGGUAUAGCAAAUAUGCCCAGGAGGAGUUGAACAGAAAAGGAGAAAAUGGAAUCAUGUUCCACCGUUUUGGAGAGUCAAAGGAUGUAGACAAUCACAUGGAAAGAGUAACACCCGCCCCAUCAAGUCAAUACAAUGGGGGAAGCGGUGGGAAUAGCGGUGAAAACAACCGUGGGAACGCCGCUAGCCCAGUAGCGCUUCAUUACGAAAUGAAAAGAGAGGAUCACACACAUGGAUUGACCCCCCAAAUGGGUGAUAACUACGCAAAUGAGAAUAAAACAUGGAACUACAGAGAAGGAAAGAAUGGACUGCCUUUUAGAAAAGCCAACACGAAUUAUGAGCAAUACAAGGUGGGUAGAGAUAUGGGAAACAACGGUGAUGAUCGUAUAUAUAGACACUCGGAGGGGGACACAAUGCAUAGGGGGGGCAUGUCAGGGGGAGCCAUCUCAAGGGGGAUUUUCCAACCGGAUCACAAUGCAAGUACGAGCAGUGGAAGGAAUGCCAACUACAACGAACUGCUUUACGAAUUGUUCAGGGAGAAUAUAGAUAGUCAGGGGAAGGAAAAGAACAGCCAGGUGUUAAACAAAAUUAUGGAUGUCAUGAUGAACAUACAGAAUGAUUUGAAGGAUGUGAAGUGUAAACUAAGCAGGAAGAAGAAAAGUGAUCCCCCGGAGCAGGGAGAUGUCCCAAGUGGGGAUAGCAACCAGCCCAGUGGUAACAGCAGGGACCAGCCAAGUGGGCAGCCCAACGGACAGCAAGGGGGCCAGCGCAGCGGAGAGAAUAAUAGAAAACUCUGUGAUGAGAAUAGUGGAAAACCCCGUGGUGAUGGUAGGGGCAAGUCAAACUGCCCUGAUAGCGGCCCAGCCCGGCGCGCCUCCCCCCUGAAUAACCCCGAACAGGACGCGAGCCUGACCCCCGUCCUGAAGAAUCUCAACUACGAAGAGGUGAAGGACUCAGCUGUGAGCAAAUCGAAUAGGCUAUACCUGUUCAGCAAAUUUUUCACCUCCGUUUUUUACGAGCACAAUGUGAAGACACACAAUUUUAUUAUGUUCAAUAUAUACAAUACGGAGCAGAAGAGACAGACGCAUAAGGUGUCCCUCUUCCUGGAGAGGGAUUACAACGAUAUUUAUAGUCAUGCCUACAAUAACUUACUCUUUUACUCCUUUGAUUGUUACACCCUUUAUAAAUACAUAAAGGCCAAGUUCGAAGGAAGUUACAAAAUAUAUGAGAAUUCGACUCUGUGUCUUUACAUAGAGAACAAUUACGAGACGAAUUUGAUUAAUCGGCUCUUCAUUGAGCAGAAUAAUCUGCACAGAAGCAGUUUUCGUCUAAAUGAGAAGAGGAUUUUGAAGACGUGCACAAAGUAUGUGGUGGAGUCUUUUCUCUCCCUGCUAGACAAGCAGGUUAACAUAAAGAAUGUCAUUCCUUUUAUGAAGAAGAGGAAUUACGAGAUGGAUCAGAGGAAUCUGUAUUUUUUCAUUUCCAGGGUUAACUUGAUGGAUAAGAUUUUUAGUGACUCACAUGGUUUCGAGUGCAACAAGAAAUCGUUUGAGAGGUUCUCCCCCAAUGUGAGAAAUUUCGCCGUUUUUUUUAAGUACAUACGGGAUGCCUCCAACUUUUAUGACUCCCUGGUUGGGGCGGAGGGGGAGGCGACAAAGGAUAAACCCUCUUCGCCAGUUCCCUCGGCACGGUCCAACAACGCCGCAAUUGUUGCGGCUGCUACGGGUUCUCCCCCACCUAGUCGCAGCUACCGGCUUAUCAUCGUGGCCCUGCACAAGGGGAAAUCGUUCCACUACGACAAGGCUCCCUUCAGCAGCCUCAUAAAUUCAGGGCAAAUCGAUAUGCACCACUACUACAACAAUUACGACUCGAUGACUUUCUCCAAUGACGAAGUGGUGCUCUUCAACCUGUCCUAUGCAGUCCCCUUUUACUACAUAGAGUACUACCGGAAUUAG